AGGCUAUUUACAAAUAUGGAGGUCAGAGGUUAACUUUGUGAGCGCAUGCGUAAUUUGUUGGAGGGAAUGGCCGGGCCGAGGGAAAUAAAACAAAAACACCGCCAAGUUUUCCUCGGCUAGUGGACGCACUGAGGAAGGUGUGAAUGCAAAGUCGACUUAUUCUGUAAGUAGUAUCCAGCUACUCAAGUUCACCCACCAGUCCACUUCUGAUCACGUCCAAGUGCAAACCUUAACUGGCAGUUAUGGCUAAGAGAAGGAGGUCUAGCUCUGUGGGGAUGGAUGUACGGCUGGAGGAGGAUAUGGGUCCUUCCAUGAAGACUCGCAGGAAAUCUGCUCCAUCUAUUGAUACAGGUACCUGUGAGGUCAUCCAAGACCUGUAUGACAUCAUACGCAACCAUAGGGAUGAAAAUGGCCGCCUGCUGUGUGAUCCAUUCAUCCGUGCUCCAAACCGUCGCAAUGCUCCUGACUUCUACGAAGCUGUGGACACCCCCAUCGACAUGCUCAGGAUUCAGCAGCGAAUCAGAACGGACGAGUACCGCACCCUGCAGGACUUCACUGCUGACGUGGAUCUUCUCGUGAACAACGCAAAGAGGUACUACCCACAGGGUAGCCAGCAGUACAACGAUGCCAGCGCCCUGUGGGAAAUCUACGUGGAGGCCCGAGAUGAAAUUCUGCACGAGGUCCAUGGGGGCAUCAGCGGGGACACACUGGAGGGAAAGGCAAAGAGGAGAAGGGAGGAGAUGGAUGAAACAACAGAGGAGGAGGAGGAAGAGGAGGAUAUUGAAGGGGAGGAUCAGGAAGAGAUCGACUUCCCUCCCUUUGCAGCAGAUACCGAGAAUCCAUACGAACAGCUCUUCGUAGCCAUGGCUGAUGCCACUGACCCAACAGGCAGAGCUAUGUCAUUCCUAUUCCAGAAGCUGCCAGUGCGCUCAGAAUUUCCAGAGUAUUACAAGAUCAUCAAGGAUCCCAUGGAUCUGACGAUGGUUGCUCGUAAGAUCAAGAGAAAUGUGUACAACACACUCGCAGACAUGGAGAGGGACAUUAGCCUAAUGGUAAGGAAUGCCAAAACCUUCAAUGAGCCAGGAUCACUUGUCUACAAAGAUGCUGUGGCACUGAAGAAGAUUUUCUCACUGAAGAAGGCAGAGCUUGAGGGAGAGCCUGUAGGAGUCAGGAGUUCGGACAGAUCUAGUCGGAGGAGUGGUAGGUCAGGACUGAGCAGCCGGCUGUCGGCGAUCACUGCAGCCCUGCAGUACUCAUCAGAGGAGGAGGAUCAGAGUGAAGCUAGCGAGCGCGUGUCAAUCACGGAGUACGAGGAAGAGUCGGAAGCAGACAGCUCCAUGUACGAGGAGGGAAACACAUUCCUGGCACUGUACGACCACGUCAGAGGGUACUCCACUGGGCAAGGGAUGUGUCUGUCCGAGCCAUUUCUCAAGCUCCCAUCCAAGAAGGCGUACCCUGACUACUACCAGGAGAUCAAACAUCCUAUGUCCAUGUUGAAAAUCAGAAGCAACAUUAAGCAGGGGCUGUACGAGACCCUCGACCACCUGGAAGCUGACUUUACCCUGAUGUUUGAGAAUGCCAAACAGUACAACAUGACAGGGUCUCGCAUCUACAAGGACGCAGUUAAGCUACAGCAGGUCAUGCAGGUCAAGAAGAGAGAGCUGACCAAGUCGGACAGCAACUACGGAGACACAGAAAGCGUGCUGAGCAGUGCUUCUGGUGUCAGCAGGAAAGUCAAACGUCCGCAGAUCAUGGAAGAUCUGGAGGAAAAGCGGAAGAAGAAGAAGAAAGAUGAAGGAGAGAACACCCUGAAGGGCCGACUGCGGUUCCUGUAUGAUGCCAUGAUAGGCUAUUGUGAUGCGUUUGGUCGGUUUCUCAUUGAGCUGUUCAUGGAAAAGCCUUCCCGGAAAGACUACCCCGAGUACUACAAGAUCAUCCUCGAGCCGAUCGACAUGAAGACAAUCGAUUACAACAUCCGAACCGACAAGUACUCCAGUGUGGAGGCCAUGUUGGAAGACUUUGAUCUCAUGUUCAACAAUGCACGCCACUUCAAUGAGGAAGGUUCACAGGUGUAUAUAGAUGCCUGCACGCUGGAGAAGGUUUUAAAAGACAAAGUAAAACAGCUGGGACCUCUUACUUCAGAAGGCGGCCUCUUCUCUCCUAAAGCAGGACUGAAGGGGCCAAGAAAGAGCUCGCCGAAGAAGUCCAAGUUUUUGACACCCCUGCAACAGAAGUUGCGGGACAUGUACGAUUCAGUGAAGGACUAUAAAGACUCCACAGGCCGCAAGCUUUGCUUCAUGUUCCUGCAGCUUCCCUCGAAGAUAGACUAUCCCGACUACUACCAAGUCAUUAAGAAACCCAUCGACAUGCAGAAAAUUGAAGCUAACAUGAGGUCCAACAAGUACAACACUGUGGAGGAUUAUUUGGAGGACUUCCUCCAGCUGUUUGAUAAUGCUUGCCGAUACAAUGAGCCCGACUCACAGAUAUACAAAGAUGCCCUGAUCCUGCAGCGGGCCCUUCUGGAGAAGAGGGAUGAAGUCCACGGAGAUGGCAGCUCCGAGGUGCCAGACAUCCGCGGAUGUGUGCAGGACCUUCUGAACAGCCUCUUUGUGUCCGUUCUCAACCACCAGGACGAGGAGGGGCGUUGCUACAGCGACUCCCUCUCAGAGUUACCUGAGAAAGAAGACAAGAAGGAGAGGGAGCAGCAGCAGGAACCACACAAGAGAGGUCCAGCAAGCUUCAAAGCCAUUCGCAGAAACCUCGACAAGGGGAGGUACAGGAGGCUCGAUGUGUUUCAGGAAGAUGUGUUUCGAGUGUUUGAGAGAGCCAGACGAGUCAGUCGUACCGACUCAGAGAUGUAUGAAGAUGCAGUGGAGCUGCAGCAGUUCUUUAUCACCAUCAGGGAUGAGAUCUGUAAGAAUGGGGAGCUGAUGCUGUCUCCAGCUCUCAGCUACACUCACAAGCAUCUCCAGGUGGAGCUGGAUGCUGAGAAAAAGGAGAAGAUUCCUAAAGAAUUAGAGGAAGACAAGGAGAAGAAGGAUGAUGAUGGAAAGGAGGAAGAUGAGCUUGAAGAAGAGUCUAGUGAAACUGCAAUGCAGCGGAAAUACAGCGAGGAUGUCAGCUGGGAGGACCAGUCAUUCCGUGUGGGAGACUUUGUGUACAUAGAGAAUCAGGACAAGAGUUUGCCACCUCAUAUUGUCUGUAUUGAGAAACUCUUCCAGGACGACCAAGGGGACCAGUGGCUGCAUGGCUGUUGGUUCUAUCGUCCAAAGGAAACCUUCCAUUUGGCCACAAGGAAGUUUCUAGAGAAGGAGGUGUUUAAGAGUGACUACUACAACAUCGCUCGGAUUGCCAGCAUUAGAGGAAGAUGUUUUGUGAUGUCAGUGAAGGAAUACUUCAAGAGUAAGCCCCAGGGUGUCAGUGAUGAUGACAUCUUUGUAUGCGAGUCUCGGUACAGUGCAAGAGCUAAGGCCUUCAAGAAGAUCAAAAUCUGGCCCACACCCCCUAGUAAUGUAAAGAUAAUCCCGCGGGAGGAACCACUGUCUAAGGUUCGAGUGGCAUCAGUUUUUGCAGAAGAAGCCAAACUAGAGGAGCAGGAGGCAGAAACUGAGGAUCAAGAAGAGGAGGAGGAAGAUGUCAUUGACAAAGUCAGGGAGAACAUUGCAGUGGAGGCAUCAAACACUACUGAGCCCGGUAUUUCUCAUUAUGAGCAGUUCAUCUAUGGUGGAACCUGCUUUAAGCUGGGUGACUCUGUCUAUGUGAAGUCCAGCAGGGAGCAACCUCUCAUGGCUCGUAUAGACAAGAUGUGGGUGGAUGCCAACAGUGAGCCAUGGUUCCACGGCCAGUGGUUUAUCUACCCCUCAGAGACGGAUCACAACCCCACCAGGCUGUUCUACAAGAACGAGAUCUUCCUCACAUCCAUGGAGGAGUCCAAGUCCAUGAGAACCAUCCUGGGGAAGUGUUGCAUCCUGGCCUACAAGGACUACCUCAUCUGCCGGCCCACUGAGUUCAUGGAGGAUGACAUCUGGGUGUGCGAGGCUCGCUACUACGAAGCUGACAAGCAGAUCCGCAAGAUCAAGGCCUUGAAGAAGUACAGCCUCUCCCCUAAAGUGACGGAUGAUGAGAUCUUCUUCUUCCGUAAGCCCAUCGUCCCAGGAAAGGUCCCGUCACCAAAGUUGGCAGAGAUUUCGGAGGAGCCUGUUGCGUUUGCCGUGCCUCCUGAUGCAGAUGAAGAACUGCAGCAACCGUCAACUCCCAUAAAGGCGCCAAAGGCCAAACGGCCACCGAGCGGAUACAUUCUGUUCUCCAGCGAGAUGCGAGCAACUCUCAAGAAGCAGAACCCCAACUAUGCGUUCGGGGAGAUCAGCCGAAUCGUGGGGAUGGAGUGGAAGAACCUGAGCGCGGCGCAGAAAGCCGUGUACGAGGAGAGGGCGCAGCAGCAGAGCUCCAGCCAGAACGACGACGAGUCGCCCUACCCAGCAUCCCCCGCGUCGGGUCACAGCAGCAGCCGCUCGGACCCGCUGAUCCUGGUGUGGGAGUGCCUGUGGGAGGGGUGCGACUACCAGUACGAGAGCGAGAAGGACCUGGUGGCUCACCUGCUGGAGACCUCGGGGCACCUGAAACCUGAGGGGGAGCAGCAGGAGUACUUCUGCUACUGGGCAGGCUGCCCCAGGUCUAGGGUCAAGAAGAGCCUCCCCUUCCCCAACAUCUCGGGGAUGAAGCGCCACGUCCGGGAGGUCCACGUGAAGACGUCGUCCCGUCAGAUCCCGCUCAGCCAGAGAAGUCGCAACUACAUACCCUACCAGCCUGGGUACCAGGCAUCGCCGAGUCAGUCACCGCGCCCAUUCACUCCGCAGGGUUCUGGAGCUGUGCUGGGUGUGGUUCCUCCCCCCAUGCCAGCAGGAAUGUUAUCACAGACACAGAUGGCAGCAAACGGAACACCUGGCCAGAGAAUGACCCCAGGUACCAACCAGCCCCUGACCCCUGGACAGUCCAUGAACAUGCCUGCCAACAGUCUACAGUAUGCCUCCUUCUCGCAGAUACCCGGUGCCUUCCCCCCUCAGAGCCCAUUCCCCCAGCAGGGGGGAUACUCCCAACAACCCCCCCUGUCACAAGGUGGACCAAUACCUCCGCAGAUGUACCCCCCUCAGAUGGGCCCCCCUCCUGUGGGUACUACCCCCCCUGCACCGCAGUAUUUUUAUGGACAGGGUGGUACUCAGUACGGUGUUCAUCCACAGACACAGUCCCCAGCGCCCCCACCGCAGCCCCCACCCCCGCCGAUGUUUGUGCCUCCCCCACCAAAGGCACAGAGACUGCUGCACUCCGAGGCUUACAUCCGCUACAUAGAAGGCCUAAAGGUUGAGAACAGGUCAGUGAGUAACUGGGAAGAGACCCUGACUGUGCGACAGGAGGAUGUACAGCUCACGGAACAGCAGCGGGCGCGGCUCCCCGGACACAUCCUGAAGAACGGGAAAGGUCCGCACAAGAACAUGGAGUCUGCCCUGUGGGCGCUGCGGGACCUCAUGCUGAAGGACGCUCUCACCAUCGGAAACUUCCAUAAUUAAACACCUGGUAUAGUGCAUUCUGAAGAUGUCAUAUUUUCAAUAGUUUUGAAGAUCAAAAAUUGGUUAGGUUGACUUUCUUGUUUCUGUGAUGGUAACAUGUUGUACUGUUGGAUGUUUGUCACUGUUUUUGAAGUAUAGGUGUAGAAAGUCUCUAUCCUCCUGUCAUCUAGAUUUGGAAAGUGGACAAUACUCCUGAUUUGCUUCAUAGUAUCUUAUUUUAUUGGAUUUCAUGAACAUUAUGCACCUGUCAACGGUAUAAUACUAUAUUUCUUUAAUACUGAGACUGAUGUUAAGGAUGUCAGGCCAGGAUUGUUAACAAGAAACAGUCUGCUUGCACUUCAUUAUGUGAAGAUACAUGUUGUAAAAAGAUGCCUAAUUUGUGGUCCAUACCCACCAGUAACCUUCAGUUUACUAGAAUGUUUACCAUUAAAGAUAAAUUACAUUGUUCCAGUUUUGUUUAAUGGUUUCUGUGUGACCACCUAAAAUACCUUUAACCUUUUUGGACUUGUGUUAGUUGUCUUUAGCAUGUUUAGUAUUAUUUUGUUUUAGGUUUAUGGAAAUGAUGAAAUCUUGAGUUAGCUGUAAGUUCUGGACAUAGACCCAAAAGCAAGUGACAAGAAAUGUUCAAACAAAUAAAUGUGUGCCAUCAUGUAUUCUAGUUUGUGUGCUUGUCUAUGUAUGUGUUAACACGAUUUACCAAAUUAGUUUUUUCUUAGGCAUUUUUAUAUUCAAAGCUAUUUGUUUAAGAUUGCAGCAAGAAAUAUGGAAGACAUUCCACCCAGAUGACCAGACCAGAGAUUUUCUUGAAUUUGACAAAUCAUGUGUUUAUCAUAUUGUUUAACUUCAACAUUACCAGAAAGUAUUGCCAGUUAAGGAGUAAAUACCAGAACAGAAUGUCACGGCUGAUUUUCUCACAGUUAGAUUGGCCUUUGUUGUUUCUGUAAUAGAAAUAAAAGAUGGAAGACU